AUGGUUUUCCCAUCUGUUCCAGUUUAUUUAGAUCCUCCCAAUUGGCAGGAGAUACAUAUUCGUAUUACUUUGUGCAAUUUUCCUGAAUAUACCAAGUGUUUUCUUUGUUGCGAUUUUCAGCAGCUUAAUCAUCACCAAGUUACUUUCAGUGAAAAUCCUCAGCUUCCACCUCUACCUGCGCCUCCUGAUCAUCGUGUUGGAGCUGGUGGUGCCGGUUCUCAUAGGGCUGGUUCGAUGGCCGAUAGAGCCAGGCUAGCUCAGGCUCCACAACCAGAAGCACCACUGAAAUGUCCACGGUGUGAGUCCACCAACACCAAGUUUUGCUACUUCAAUAACUACAGCCUAACACAGCCACGCCACUUUUGCAAGACGUGUCGGCGGUAUUGGACUAGAGGAGGAGCUCUUAGGAAUGUCCCUGUGGGUGGAGGAUGCCGAAGAAACAAGAAGAAGAAAAGCAGCAGUAGUAAUAGUAGCUCAAAACCCACAGCCUCUGCCGAGAGGCAAAGUGAUCCAAAUUCAACCAAUUCUGUUAUGCCCUCUGAAAUCACUGCUCAUUUUCCGCAUCAAACACCUCAUUUACCUUUUAUGGCUUCUCUGCAAAGCUUUUCUCAGUAUAUUAUAGGAAAUAUUGGCUUAAACUUUGGUGGAAUUCAAGGUCAUAUAGGGCCAACAAGUGACGUUAGUGGGCAAGCUGAUAUGGGGUUUCAUAUAGGAACUAACUCAGACAUGAGCAAUGCUAUUUUAUCAGUAAGAUCAAUGAACCAUCACCAGUUCCCGUUCUUUGAGUCAACUAAUGAUUUAUAUCCAUUACAAAGUGAGUAUAUGGAAUCAUCGUCUUCAAUGGUGGGAGAAAGUCAGAUUCUUCGUUCCACGAAUUCAAACUCUAGGGUUUCUCAGCGAGCUCCAGUGAAAGUGGAAAACAACAACCAAGGGCUAAAUCUAUCAAGGUUAUUGAUGGGUGUUUCUGAUCAGAAUAAUCAGUAUUGGGGAGGAGGAAACAGUUGGACAGAUUUAUCAGGUCUCAAGUAAUCAUCUGUGGUCACUCUUAUAGCUAUAGUUGCAAUCUUUCUUGAUAGAAAACAGCUUAAAGCUGGUCUUUGAAGUUUCAGCUGCUUCAUUCCGUCUUUAAUGACAGAUGAUAGUUGACAUAAAGUAGUAUUGUUCCUUUAUCACACUAGUCUUGCACAAGCUCCAAGUCCUCAACCUCAAAAGCUAAAUAAUGGAUGGUAAAAUUGCAUGGUUUCGUUGUGGAACUUCUCUCUCAUCAUCUUCCUCUCUAAGGAGCAAAUGCUGUU